GGAAUAGACCCAACGCUGAUUCAACUGAUUAUCGUGAUCUACAUGCAAAUGCUACUCCUACGAGCUCGGAAUGAGCCAGGGCCACAUCAUCAGUAAAGAAAGCUGACUACACUCCGUUCACACAGACAUCCAUACCGAUGUCUAUAGAGUCAUAUCAUGAGACAUGUAUAGCUCAGCUUUGAAAAAUGGCGCAUGCCGGCGCAAUCCCUUGCUCUGGUACAUUACUUUGUCUGUUCAUCUCUACCGGUACUGUGAUACUGGUAGUAAAUCCUGCGCAACUCAUCAUCAAUCAAGCUCGAUCAAGUCCCCAUGCUGGGCGCAUCGGAGAAGGAAUGCCGCCCUUUACACCUUGCUUGACUCACGGUACAAACACCAUCUGUCAAAGUGUAGGGGCAUGCAGCGUCGAUCUGCCUCCUCGCAUGGGUUCUUAUUCAUUGCUCAUGGUGUUGAGGUUUACCCUCCGUCCUCAUCCCAUCUACUAUACGCCGUGGAGAUGCGAUUUCUCGCGGAUGACGAGAGCAGCAACGACGUUGAGAGGCUCCAAUCGCGGCUCUAGCCAAGUCUGACCAGACACGAGGCGUGGCUCAAUUUCCCACUGCAUCGGCUGAUAUUUCGGCGAUCUGACCAUUGCGCUCUCACACUGUGGAUACAUUUGGCAGUAUGUGCGUUCAUCGCCGUCGCCAUGUGUGGUUAGUCGCAGGCGGCAGGAAAGGCCGUACCUACGUAGUCGACUCCCUACGUUCUCGCCUAUUCUCAACAGACACAUCCCUUGAUCGGGCAGCCUUUGGGAUUUGGUCUGCUAACGGGGAGUGUAGGGGGCUCUUUGCGCAGUCCAGACCACACAAGCUAGAUCGCGCCGGGACGAGAACAGCCAUCAGAUCCUAUAGGCUGUGUUCCACCAUCGCGACUCACCAAGCCGGUGCAAGGCGGAUGCUCUCUCUGCUGCCUAGAUUCUCCAGUGCUAUACGAGAUGUGAGUGAAAAAUUCGAAGAAGGAAGACAACUCCAGCAAAACACAGGCGAGGGACGAGUCCAGCAUGGCACCGUCUCUCGAUCCAGAUUGAAACACAGCAGCACCCUGCCGUGGAAUCUACCUGCAACCCAGGGAGGUCCACAUGCAUGUCUGUGGGAGGACAGAGCGUGUCUGCCUGGCCAGUGAUAAAUGCCUCAUUGUUAAGCGGGUUAUCUCCCUGGCCCCCUGCAGAUGACGAUCUAGACAGGUAUAGACCUGAGGGAUUGAGAGAUUGAGGUAAUUGAUGAUAUGCAGGAUGCAUUAGGCGUGAUUUCUCGCCUUUGUUGUCUUAAUUGGACUGGAUGAUUCACUUGAUCAAAAUGGAGGAUAUGGUAGUCUGAUUGGAUUGAAGAUGGUGCCUGAGGAGUGAACAGGAGCAUAUAGUCA